AUGAUUCCUUUAAGAUCGUAUAUUACUAAAUCAAAUAACGUUUCAUUAAAUAACAAUAAAGGAGCUGAUAUAAAAUCAAGAAACAUUCCAUUUCCAUUAGCACCGCAAAAAUCAAAAUCUAGAUAUGGGAACAAAUUUUCAGAUAUAAAGAUCUUUUUAUUUAACAUAUAUUAUCAUCUUCUUCAUAAUAAUCGAUUGUUUUUUUUGGCACAACAUAAUAAUCUUACAAUCAAAGAACAAGAAUCACUUCGUAAUGAAUUAGACAAAUUAAAGGUAGAAGUAAUGGCUGCACGUUCAACAAUUUUAUCGGCAGUCUUGGAGCAAUCUAUAAUUUAUUCAAAUAUGAGACCAUUAACUAUAGGACCAACAUACAUAAUAAGUUCGGAUGUCAGCGAUCAUGAAAACCCUAAUUUAAUUAAAGAUCUGCUAAAGAUUCUAAGCAAACAUAAUAAAAUUUUAUUACUUGGAGGUAAAUUGGAUAAUAAUUUAUUGAAUUUUGAAGAAAUAGAAAAAAUUUCUAAAUUGCCAAAUUUAAAAUAUUUACAUGGUGAAUUGAUUGGAUUAUUAAAUCAAUCAGGAACCAUAUUAUCUAAUAUAUUAGAAAGAAAUUCACAAUCUUUAAUUUUAACUUUAGAAAAUCAUAAAUCAAAUAUUUCUUCUUGA